CUACUGUAUUGUCCGCUAACUGUAAAUUACCGUGUGCUGUUAUUACAACAGAUGAUAAGAAAAACAAGGGAAGAAGAAGCAUAAACAUUUGAGUGAUCUGCCAUUUUAAAUUAAAAUUAUUACAGCUAAGUCAUUCAAAAAGUGAAUUUGUGAUAAUAUUUGUAAUUAUACAAUUUAAAAAUGAGCAAAUUCCUUGGAGCAUACUUUACAAAGUAUUAAAGAUAGAAUUUGGGGAAAAUUUAAUGCAUUCGCCUCGUGCAGCGUGGACAAAACUAUACGCAACAAAUGUACCACGAAAACUACACGUUAGCUUCAAUGGGACCACUACAAUACGGUUUAAAACGUCAGGUCCAUUUUAUUGCAUCGCCACUUUGAAAGGCAGUGAAAAGUGUAAGUUGGUCCCAUUCAGGCAGCCUAUUAGCUACGUGCUCGUGUGACAAUUAGGUAUAGAUUUGGGAAUUAGCCGGAGAUGAAGAAUUUGAUUGUGUCUCUGUGCUUAAAUCCUACACACAAGAUAUGAAGUGCUAGGAAUGACAUCCAAAAACAGAAAUUUUAGAUUCAGCCAAUAGACAAUAGACAGACAAUAAUUGAUGUUGCACUGUCAUACUUGAGUUAUAUACCGGUACAGUGUGGAGCGUCGAUUUGGAUGCAGACGGAGAAUGUUUGUUAUCGUGUAGUGAUGAUAUGAUAUUCAAAAUAUGGCGCGGUGUGGAAAUGUGUUUGUAAAAUUGCUGGUGACCAUCGCAGAGCCAUUUAUUAUGUUUCGCCGUGCAAAAUAACUAUACAAUAUAACAAUAAAGUAUGGAAGUUCAUAGAAUAGAAAGCUGUCACGAAGUUCAAUGACUCACACGUACAUAUCUAUGCACUCGUUGCACUUACACUCGACCGUCAUUGACCGAAAACCUGCCACAACCUACACACCCCACUUAGCGAGUCUAGUUUGAACACACGUCGAAACGAUAUUUGGAAAAAAUUUGCAUAAACUGCCCCACCCAAGCAACGACAGCGCACCGGAAUGCCCACACAAACACACGUAUGCGGGCAACAAAAAUAACAACAACUAAAACAAUUAUAAAAAUUCAAAAUAAAGCUCAGUCAGAGAUAGCGACGAUGACAACAAUAAUAAUGAACAUUAAAACAGCAACUAGAACCCACCAUUAAAACCAGCAACACGACAACAACAAAUACGACAACGACACCAACGAACCAACACGUAGAUGACAGAAAUCCACGAGAAGCUCACAACUCACAACGACCGCAGCGAUAGAGCAUAAAGCAAAACAACAAAAACAAAAGUGAUAACAACAAAAACAAAAGCUAAAACAACAAAAACAAAAGCGAAAGCCAAAGCAAAAAAUCGAAAAAAAACAAACGGAAGUGCCUCACAUAGCAGGAGUGGAGAGAAAUAACAGCAAAAUAACCACGCAGCGCAGCGUAAAUGUAAUCGUAGACUCGAUUAUUCGAUGCUAGAAACACUGGUGGCGGCAGCAGGUCUAGUAGUCUGUGGAAAGGGAAGAAGGGGAGUCAUAGAUAACAACAGCACAAGCAGUUGAAUGCAAGCCGUGGCGGGGGUGCGGCGCAACAGUGAAAGGAGUGACAGACAGAAAUCAGGAGUGAGGAAAGCGGCAGGCAGGCAAUAGGAUGAGCAGGCAAAACUGAGUGACGGGCAUUCUUGUAGAAAUCCAGCAGCAAAAACCAGCCAAGUAAACAAAUUAAAGUGCUGUCUAAGAGCAGAGAGCGAAAGCGAAUGAGAAUGGCGAUAAAAAUUUAACAAUACAAAAAUACAACAAAAACAAGCAGGAGAUUACAGAAAUCAAAGCCAACGGGCUCCAAGCAAAGAUACGAUGAUAAUUUACUUAAAUUAACCCAAUCCAUCCAUUAAAAGGUAUUAAAGGAACGAAAACGGACGCAAAAAAACACAAAAACAAAAACGAACAUGCAAACAGAAUGCCAGAAGUGAGAGACAAGCAAACGAGGCGCGGAGUGUAAAAGUAAAGCGAAAAAGAUGUCAAAGUAAAGCGAUAAGCAGACACGGGAUCUGGAUCUAUAGAUACGCUGCGCAUAGUAGUGAAGUGCUUGAAAGCAAGAACAAGAGCAACAGCAACAGCAGCAACAAAAACGAUAGCAGUAUUAGCUGACAAACAAAAUAAUUCGACGAAAAAGUGGACGAACGGUAAAGCUUAACAGCGUCAAAGCAGAGGCAGAGUGCCGUUAACGGUUGUAGAGAGAAGGUUGCGCAGAGAGGCAAAGCUUGAAAGCGGAAGCUGAUGCUGACGCUGAUUGACAGCGCACAACCAGCGGAAGCAGUCAUAUGAUCCGCAAAAUGAAGGGAUUAAGUUUUAGUCAAAAAGCAAACAAGCGACGAAAAAACGUUCAAACCAACGACCAAACACCAAGCGGCAACACAGCAUUGCCAACACGCGCGGCGUGCACCAACAAUAACAACAACAAAGUGAACAAGCUGAAAAUAUGCAAAACGACAGCAAUAACACAAGCACAUAACGGUAACGCCGAACAGCAGCUGACAACGCCAUUAAUAUGUCGAAACAAUAACAAGAAAAACAGCUGCAACAGCGUAGGUAGCCAGCGCCGCUACUGCAGCAGCAACAGCAGCAAAUCAACACCACCACCGCCCACCUUCAACCAGCACCACAACCACCAACACCAGCAUUGCCUCGCCCCGGGCCAGCUGACGUACAAAAUGCCAUUGCCACUGCUGUCGAUAAGUAAGACAACAACAACUACAACGGCUUUGGCUGUGUCCGCGAACCAGCAGCCACAACAACAACGGCAGCAGCAGCGCGAGCAGCUGGAAAGUGUUCAAAAUCGUUGCCUUGCCCAUUAUAAAGAGCAACAACGUCAGCGAAAAACAACAACAACAACAUGCGCACCCACCAAACUCACCCAACACCAGCGCCAACGCCAACAACCAGCAACCACUCGCGCAUUGUCUUGCCUCAGCAAAUCUUUGGCAACUUUGUCAUUGCGCUCACUGUUGUCUCGCCAUCAUCAGCUCUUCCAUUUCCAGCAACACCUACAACAGCUGCACCUCCACCUCCACUUUGGCAUCGCCGUCAUUGUGCUGGCCUCCAUUUUAAUGUAUUCAUGCCCAUGCGCGUCGGCCUUGCGUCUCACAAAUGGCGGCAACACUAAAACUUUAUCCGCUAAUAAGGAGCAAUUAAAUAUUGGCCUAAUUGCACCGCACACAAAUUUUGGCAAACGUGAAUAUUUACGCGCCAUUAACACCGCGGUACAGGGUCUGGCGAAGACACGCGGUGCCAAGCUGACGUUCCUGAAGGACUAUUCAUUUGAACCGCGCAAUAUACAUUUUGAUAUGAUGUCGCUGACGCCGAGUCCGACAGCCAUAUUGAGUACACUCUGUAAAGAGUUCUUACAAGCGAAUGUCUCUGCCAUACUAUAUAUGAUGAAUAAUGAACAAUUCGGUCAUAGCACUGCCUCCGCUCAAUAUUUUCUACAAUUGGCCGGGUAUCUUGGCAUACCGGUAAUCUCAUGGAAUGCCGACAACUCGGGUCUGGAGAGACGCGCCUCUCAAUCGACACUUCAACUUCAGUUAGCUCCAAGUAUAGAACAUCAAAGUGCUGCUAUGUUGAGCAUUCUAGAGCGUUACAAAUGGCAUCAAUUUUCGGUUGUCACCUCUCAGAUAGCCGGACACGAUGAUUUUGUACAGGCUGUAAGGGAGCGUGUCGCCGAAAUGCAAGACCAUUUCAAAUUCACGAUACUCAAUUCGAUUGUGGUAACGCGCACCAGCGACUUGAUGGAAUUAGUGAAUAGCGAGGCUAGAGUGAUGCUCCUCUAUGCCACACAAAGCGAAGCGGUUACUAUUCUUAGAGCUGCUGAAGAAAUGAAGUUAACUGGCGAAAAUUAUGUGUGGGUCGUCAGUCAAUCGGUUAUCGAGAAGAAGGAUGCACAAACACAAUUUCCCGUUGGCAUGUUGGGCGUACACUUCGACACAAGUAGUGCGGCGCUGAUGAACGAAAUAUCAAAUGCGAUUAAAAUUUACGCGUUCGGCGUUGAAGCAUACCUCACAGAUCCGGCUAAUCGGGGGCGACGUCUCACAACACAAUCGCUUUCGUGUGAGGAUGAGGGACGUGGACGUUGGGAUAACGGUGAAAUCUUCUUCCGUUAUUUGCGCAACGUAUCCAUAGAAGGUGAUCUGAAUAAACCCAAUAUAGAAUUCACUGCCGAUGGUGAUCUCAAAUCUGCUGAAUUGAAAAUCAUGAAUUUACGUCCUGGAGCAAACAAUAAGAAUCUCGUUUGGGAAGAGAUUGGCGUGUGGAAGUCAUGGGAGACGCAAAAGCUUGAUAUACGUGACAUUGCCUGGCCGGGUAACUCGCAUGCUCCACCACAGGGUGUACCCGAAAAAUUCCAUUUAAAGAUAACAUUCCUCGAAGAGGCACCCUAUAUCAAUCUCUCGCCCGCCGACCCAAUCAGUGGCAAAUGUCUAAUGGAUCGCGGCGUCCUUUGUCGGGUCGCGGCCGAUCACGAGAUGGCCGCUGACAUCGAUGUCGGGCAAGCGCAUCGCAAUGAAUCGUUCUAUCAGUGUUGUAGUGGCUUUUGCAUCGAUCUACUGGAAAAAUUUGCCCAAGAAUUGGGUUUCACAUACGAAUUGGUGCGGGUCGAAGAUGGUAAAUGGGGUACACUUGAGGAUGGUAAAUGGAAUGGGCUGAUUGCGGAUUUGGUAAAUCGUAAAACCGACAUGGUAUUGACAUCGCUGAUGAUCAAUACCGAACGCGAAGCUGUGGUGGACUUCAGUGAGCCAUUCAUGGAAACUGGUAUUGCGAUAGUAGUGGCUAAGCGUACGGGUAUUAUAUCACCAACAGCUUUUCUAGAACCAUUCGAUACCGCCUCUUGGAUGCUGGUCGGCAUUGUGGCGAUACAUGCUGCCACAUUUAUGAUCUUCCUUUUCGAAUGGCUUUCACCAAGCGGUUACAAUAUGAAACUCUAUCUACAAAAUGCUAGUGUAACGCCAUAUCGUUUCUCGCUAUGUCGCACCUAUUGGCUUGUGUGGGCGGUACUCUUUCAGGCUGCUGUACAUGUGGACUCACCGCGCGGUUUCACCUCACGAUUCAUGACGAACGUGUGGGCUCUAUUCGCUGUGGUCUUCUUGGCCAUCUACACUGCUAACUUGGCUGCUUUCAUGAUAACGCGAGAGGAAUUUCAUGAAUUCAGCGGUCUGAACGACAGCCGCUUGGUACAUCCCUACUCGCACAAACCCUCAUUUAAGUUCGGUACAAUACCUUACAGUCACACCGACUCGACUAUACACAAAUAUUUUAAGGAUAUGCAUCACUACAUGAGACAAUACAACAAAACUAGCGUCGCUGAAGGCGUAGCCGCCGUACUCAAUGGCAAUCUCGACUCGUUCAUCUACGAUGGCACUGUGCUCGACUAUUUGGUGGCACAAGAUGAGGACUGCCGUUUAAUGACCGUCGGCAGCUGGUAUGCCAUGACAGGUUAUGGUCUUGCCUUUAGUCGCAAUUCAAAAUACGUCCAAAUGUUCAACAAACGUCUAUUAGAAUUUCGCGCCAAUGGCGAUUUGGAGCGCUUACGUCGUUACUGGAUGACGGGCACAUGUCGUCCCGGCAAGCAAGAGCAUAAAUCCUCCGAUCCACUUGCGCUAGAACAGUUCUUAUCCGCUUUCCUACUACUUAUGGCUGGUAUACUAUUUGCCGCAUUACUACUUCUGCUCGAACACAUCUAUUUCAAGUAUGUACGAAAACGUUUAGCCAAAAAAGAUGGCUGUCAUUGUUGUGCGCUGUUGUCACUGUCAAUGGGCAAAGCGUUGACAUUUCGCGGUGCAGUUUUUGAGGCAACAGAAAUACUGAAAAAACAUCGCUGCAAUGAUCCCAUUUGUGAUACACAUCUGUGGAAAGUGAAGCAUGAAUUGGAUAUGUCACGUUUGCGUGUGCGACAAUUGGAGAAGGCGUUGGAUCAGCAUGGCAUUAAGCCGCCGCAAUUGAGAUUGACGUCAUCUACGGAUAUGUUGAAUCAUCAUCAUCUGAAAGAACGGCCACCGUUGUUGGGCAACUUGAGUUUAGCUGCGAGUGCACAAGAUUUAUACAGGUGGUCUUACAAAACGGAAAUUGCGGAAAUGGAGACGGUGCUGUAAGAGGCCACACACCGCAACAAAUACCACCGCACGCCACCACAUGCCAACAACAUCGACACCACCAAUAUAUGUACAUACAUACAUGUAGGAACUGGGCGACCGCCGCCACCACACACAAGACGCGCUGCCUGAAGAUGAGCCACCACUAACUAAUGCUUCAAAGCGAAUGAGUGAUGCCGCCUGUCUGCCUUGCUGCCUUGCUGGCUUCCAGCCAAUAACUCCAAGGCUUGCGGAAGCAAUAGAUUUCAGUAGGAAAUGAGCACGAAUGCUAAUAACGGUAUGAUGUUUGAAUCGCACGUAAAAAGUGUUUAGGAAAUAUCAGGUGGCAAGCAGCAAAGCGCAACGAACAGAAGGCAGCGGGCAGCACAGCUAUCGAUGAAGCGAAAUCUUGCUCGUUUUGCAAGGAUCCACAGCAAUAAGUUAACAAUGCCAGAAACAGUUGUAAAGAGUAAUGCACACACACACAUAUACAUACAUCUAUUUGUGUGUGUAUAUGCGGGCAAAGCUUGGAAUUUGAGUAAUGAUUGUGCUAAAAAAAACACAAACAAAAUUAAAUAAAUAUGAACCAACAACAACAGCAACGCAUCAAAAAUAAACAUUGUAUGUAGUAUUUAUAUAUAUAUAUGUAUGAGUGUGAAUAAUAUUAAGAGCCAAAAGAGAAAUUCAAAUUCAAACACGAACUUAAUGAUUACAAGUAAUAAUUAUCAAUAAUUAAUAAUAAUAAUAACGAAUGAUAACAAAAUGGCAUGCUAAACACAGUUAUAAAUCAAAAUAGUUUUAUUGAACAUAAAGAAAAAUUAAAUAAAUAAUACAAACGAAUAAUAAAAGGUUUAAGCGAAAGGCACCGAAAACAUUGAAAUGCGCAAAUGAAAAGAUUUAAGGGGUCAUAAAAACUGGCAAGUCCGAAAAAAUGCGUUUUUUGUGAUUUUUUAAGGAAUUAUUAUUUUUUUUAUUAUAUAAAUAAUUUCUAAAAUUUUGAAUUUAUUGUGCUUUAAUAAUCGGUGAUUCAUUAUGAAAAAACAAUGGUUCCAUUGUUGAUCUCCAGGAGCAUUUCCAAAAACAGGUGUCUGGCGGUGAGUUUGUUUUUUUGAUAAUUGACAAAAUGGCGGCGGUUUGAACAAAAAGUAACGAAAGUAUCUUUUUUUCGACAGUUUUUGGUAGAAAAAAAUAGGAAGAUUUCAAAAAAAAAAAAUAAAGCACAAUAGCGAAAGACAUCAAAAGUAUUCUCUCCAAAUUGAAACUAGAUAUCUUCUAAACUCUUCUUUUGAAAGUGGAAAGUGGAUUUUCUUUUUCUAUAAAAAACGCUGUAGCUGCCGUAAUAAUUUAAAUUUCGAUUUAAAAAAAAAAAUUGAUUUCUCGAAAAUUUCACACUGAGACGAUCCCUUAAGUCAUGUCCGUCUGUCUGUCUGUCUUUAUAAAUAUUAUAUGAACCAUCCAAUUAGUUUUUGAAAUCUGAAAUUUUCCACAUGUUCUUUUCUCACCAGUAAGCGGCUCAUUUGUCGGAAUGGACGAUAUCGGACCACUAUAGCAUAUAGUAUAACUGCUCUUCGGAAAAAAAUUUUCACCGACUCCGAGAAAAACCCCUUUAAAAUUUUGUGAGCCUAUUUAAAGAAUCUUACUUUUCUUUUUAAGUUUAAAAAUUCUUACUACUACGCUUCCAUAUUCGAAACUAUUUGCGGUAUAUAAUCCCUUAAUAAAAAAUGAAAAGUUUAAGUAAAAGUUGAAAUGCAACCUUAAAAUGCGCGCAAGAUUUAAACAAAAAUAUUUUAAAUAAAAAAUGCUAACUAAAAAAUUGAAAUGUCUUAAAAAAUAAUUAUGUAGAUUAAUAAUCCAAACAAUAAAUAUUAAUAAAAAUAAUUAUAAAAAAAUGUAAACGGCCAACAAGCCACUCAGCUAUGUACUAUAUGCACUAAACAGAACUUUUAAACUGUACACACAGGUCAACGCGCACGCAUUAGAUAAGUCCACCUUUAAAGCUUUACAAAGUGCAAGCAGGUGUGUAC